AUGCUCCGAUCCGCUCAGGCCAGCAGGGCCGUCAAGAAGGCCCUGUCCCAGGUCCAAUCGACUUCACCCCGAACUCUCAACUCCUACACUGGCGUUUCCGUCAUCUCAGCCUCAAGGAAAGCCGUCUACGGCUCAAGGAAUCAGACAACUUCGGCCAAGACCCAGACCGCGGACGCGCGCGCAACCCCGAGCCCCAGCUUCAAUGCAAAGGAGCGCAGCCAUGUCCAGCCUCUCGUCAACCCCCGCCAGGCCGAGAUGGACGAGUCUUUCAUUGGCAAGACUGGAGGCGAGAUCUUCCACGAGAUGAUGCUGAGGCAUAACGUCAAGCACGUCUUCGGCUACCCUGGCGGUGCCAUUCUUCCCGUGUUCGAUGCCAUCUACAACUCGCCACACUUCGACUUCAUCCUGCCUCGCCACGAACAAGGCGCCGGACACAUGGCUGAGGGCUAUGCCCGUGCAUCUGGCAAGCCUGGUGUCGUCCUUGUCACUUCCGGUCCCGGCGCGACCAAUGUCAUCACCCCUAUGGCCGACGCCCUUGCCGAUGGUACGCCCAUGGUCGUCUUCACUGGUCAGGUCGUGACGAGUGCCAUCGGUAGCGACGCCUUCCAGGAGGCUGAUGUUGUCGGCAUCUCCCGCCCUUGCACCAAGUGGAAUGUUCUCGUCAAGAGCGUCGCCGAGCUGCCCCGGAGAAUCAACGAGGCCUUCGCUAUCGCCACCAGCGGCCGCCCCGGCCCCGUCCUUGUCGACCUUCCCAAGGAUAUCACCGCUGGCGUCCUUCGCCGAGCUAUUCCCACCGAGUCGGCCAUCCCUAACAUGCCUAGUGCCGCUUCUCGUGCUGCCCAGGAGCUCGGAAGGAGGCAGAUGGACCAGUGCCUGCGCCGUGUUGCCGACCUGAUCAACGUCGCCAAGAAGCCUGUCAUCUACGCCGGCCAGGGUGUCAUCCAAUCCGAGGGCGGCGUUGCCUUGCUCAAGGAGUUUGCUGACAAGGCCUCGAUCCCCGUCACCACCACCCUGCAGGGCCUCGGAGCCUUCGACGAGCUGGACGAGAAGUCCCUGCACAUGUUGGGCAUGCACGGUUCGGCCUAUGCCAACAUGACGAUGCAGGAGGCUGAUCUGAUCGUUGCUCUUGGUGCUCGCUUUGACGACCGUGUCACCCUCAACAUUCCCAAGUUUGCUCCCGCUGCCAAGCAGGCGGCUGCCGAGGGUCGUGGCGGUAUCGUCCACUUUGAGGUUAUGCCCAAGAACAUUAACAAGGUUGUGCAGGCCACCGAGGCCGUCGAGGGUGAUGUUGCCACCAACCUGCGAAACGUCCUCCCCAUGGUCAACUCCAAGACCAUGGCUGAGCGCAAGGAGUGGUUCGACCAGAUCAACGGCUGGAAGGCCAAGUGGCCCCUGAACGCUUACGAGAAGGCCGAAAGGAGCGGCAAGAUCAAGCCCCAGUCCCUGAUUGAGGAGCUUAGCAACCUGACCGCCAACCGCAAGACUGAGACUCUCAUCACGACGGGUGUUGGCCAGCACCAGAUGUGGACUGCCCAGCACUUCCGCUGGCGCCACCCCCGGACCAUGAUCACCUCUGGUGGCCUCGGAACCAUGGGCUACGGUCUGCCCGCCGCCAUCGGAGCCAAGGUUGCUCGGCCUGACGCUCUCGUCGUCGAUAUCGAUGGCGAUGCUUCCUUCAACAUGACCCUGACCGAGCUUUCGACCGCCGCGCAGUUCAACAUCGGCGUCAAGGUGAUCGUGCUCAACAACGAGGAGCAGGGUAUGGUCACCCAGUGGCAAAACCUGUUCUACGAAGAUCGAUACUGCCAUACCCACCAGACCAACCCCGACUUCCUGAAGCUUGCGGACGCCAUGCACAUUCAGAACCGCCGCGUGUCCAAGCCGGAGGAGGUUACUGAUGCCCUGAAGUGGCUUAUCGACACCGAAGGCCCUGCCCUUCUCGAGGUCAUCACGGACAAGAAGGUGCCCGUGUUGCCUAUGGUGCCGACUGGAUCAGGACUGCACGAGUUCAUCACUUGGGAUGCUGAAAAGGACAAGGCGCGCAGGGAGCUCAUGCGUGAGCGCACCUCUGGUCUCCACGGUUAA